UCUUUCGGAUUGGCACAAACAAAUGGUGACUAGGUGCAUGUUUUAAAAAUGUCUGUUCUUACAUUAUUAGUUUUUACUAUUUCUGCAUUAUUAUUAGUCCACCCUAUAACAGCCGUUGAUGAAGUAUAUAUAUCACCAUUCAUCUAUGACGUACAAAAUAAUACUGAUACAAUAAUUCAUAUAAAAGGAUUGGCAUCUACAGUGGACAUGAUCAAAUCAAUUACAUGCAAUGUAAUGGAUUUGGAUUCCCAAAUCAUUAUGAAAACUGAUAUAAAUCUAAGUGACACGUUUACGAUAUUGGCCCGAUUCGAAAAUCCAACAGCCUUAGGUGCUUUUAAGAUACAAUGUUCAAAAUUCGGUUCACUUAUGAACUUUUAUGGUAAUUUUUUACUUGUUAAUAGUCUACAUUUAAUAAUCGGAAACGUUGAACCAAGUACAAUAAAAUUAGGAGAAAGUGUUUCAUUCAAACUUGAAAUAUUUAAUUUGAGUGAGCCUGUCCCUUUAUUAUGUCAUUUAACUGACGGAGAAGAUUAUGUCAUUUUACCCACGAACUCGAUAAAUGGAAAUAAACUAUCUACAUGGAUUACAUGCCCCGAGUAUAAACUUAAUAGAGCCACUGAAUACCAAAUAACAGUAGUAUAUUCAACGGACGCAAUUGAUGCAAUGUUAAGUUCGAACAAUUUCAAAGUAGUGACCGUUCAGGCCGAUCGUCCAAAAGUGAUGAAAUCCGGAUUUACUAAAGAUUUGAGAACUAUUUGGUUUCAAUUUGAUCAAAAUGUAGAGGGACCAGACUCGUGCGAUGAAAUAUUCAUGCCAAUCACAUUCAAUCAAAUUGGUCACGACGCUGUUUGUUGGUUUUCUUCAGAUCAUUUAACGGUACUCUUAGGAAAUGUGAAAACUAUUAAAGAAAACAGACUUCAUAUUCAAUUUUCUUCAAACAAUAAUAUAAGAAGUUACCGGUCGUGGCCUAAUUUGAGUUCACCUAUGCAAAAUAUUGAAAUUAUUGUACCAAUAAUUCCUUCUGAGGUUACAUUGCCGGUAUAUUGGCUGAAUGGACCUCGACAAUUCUGCAAUGUUGACGAUGGUGUCAUCCUUGGAACCCAAUCUUCCGAUCAACCUAUAUAUGAUUGUACUGGUUCACAAGUCAUAAGUGUGUCCACGUCUGGUUCACCUAUGCUCAAGUUUAGUCCGAUAUUAAGCUUUAAUGACCUAUCAAACUCUGCACAUAUGUCAGUGGAUGAGUCUUCACAACGAUCCUCUUUAGUGAGAAACAGUGUCAGGAGUCUUGUGAUAAUGAUAAAUCAACAAAACCUCACAAACAGCGUUUGUUUAAACAGUGCUUUGAUGUUGCCAUACGUAGAAUAUACUUUAGAAUUGUCGGGAACAAAUAUUUUAAACCAGUCAGGCUUGAAAAGUCAAUUCAAAUUCAAAUUAAUCGAAACCCAUGGCAUUAAAUCCAAACCAAAAUUGCAAAUAAUGGCACGUCCAAUCGUUGCGAUCGGAUCUGAAGCUAUAUUUGAAACAGUGUUAUAUCCGAUUUGCGGAGAACCAAUCGAGGACGAUUAUAAUAAUUUACAAUAUAAUUGGUAUUUUAUAACCGAAAACAGUAAAUACAAUAUCAUCGGAGUGAAUGGUCCAGUAUUGAUAUUAGAUACAAAAGGACUAACUCGAGGCAACAAUUAUACAGUCGGUUGUGAGUUGCAUAAUGACAUCGUUUUCCUGGAAAAAAAAACUACAGCAAUGGCCAAGGAUGAAAUCCAAUUUGGAAUUGAAUCGUUUGAUGCAAAAACAAUUGUUGUGCCACAACAAAUUGUGGUUGGGUUUGGUCGGCCCAUUCACUUAAGGAUAAAACAUCAAAAUUAUGUAACAAUGAGAGAUAUACAAUAUAAAUGGCUUUGCAAAACAACUAAUGGCGAUGAUUGUUUAAUUGUCGGAAAUUAUCCUGCGUUAAAAGAAGCUAUGGAUGAAAAGUCAUCAUCAACAUCGUCAGAAUUAAUAAUUCGUGAAUUAACAUUGCAGCCAGGAAGGUAUUACUUUGUGGUUCAAAUAUCAUUAAGUGGUGUUCCGAUUGACUCAGCUGUAUCCGUGGUUGUGGUUUCUUUUGAAUCUGGUCCACAUAUAAUGUUUUAUUGGCCAGAUGGAAAUUUCAACCCAAGUAUACCUGCAAUUCCCGGAAGUAGUAUCGUGAUGGCCGCUACUGUCUCUUUUUUAACUGCCAGUUGCUUAACUACUUGGACUACGUCAUCAGAUUCUGGAUACAGCUAUUUAACGUCAAAACAGAUGGGUGGAAAAAUGAAAGUCAUUAGAGAAUUCAUGCCAGGUCGAAAUGAAACAUUCUCGCAUGAUAUUCGCAUUGCGGUAACAUUGCCAAAUAAAAUUAACCAAAAUACAGAUUUCUUACUGAAACUUAAUGUCCAUUGUGCUUCUUUGAAACAUGCAAUGUUUGGGGUUGUGCCGAUUUCAAUAGUUGCUCCACCACGAAUAUUCAAAUUAAAAGUAAUACCAAAAGAAGGAAUUGGUAUUUUGACGAAAUUCAAAUUUUACACCGAUUCAGCGUAUGAUAGAAAAUCUAGUCAUCCAAUCCGAUAUAGUUUUGGAUUUUAUCUACCAACAUUUACUACCGUUCCAAUAUAUUUUUACUCAUCAACUUUCAGGUUGCAAACAGAAAUGAUUCUCCCGUCAAUCAAUUUGGACACAAUAUCAAGGAUCAAAACUAUUUUAAAAGUAUGCAACGUUUACGAAAGUUGUAGUACGAUUGAAGGUCCAGAAUUAUCUAUCCAUCAUCCAACACAGGUUUCAGAUGAAGACAUAACGUUCUUUGUACAAAAAUACAGCAGAAUGUUAAUGAAACAAAUGCUAACUGAAUCAGAAGCAUAUUUAUUCACUUAUAUGACAACAUUAAAAUCAUUAAAAACUGAAGUCUAUGAAAAAACUGCUAAUGAAAUAUUUAAUGUUAUUUCAACACAUAUCAAUAACGACAUUAUAGAAAGCGUAUCCUACGGAAUUGAAUACAUUCCAUUUGGUCUGGCACUUUUAGAUUCAAUUUCUCGUACCUUUUUUGUGCUUCCAAAGUUUAAUAAUAUAAUUGUUUCACAAUCGUUAGUGUCAUUACGGGAUCGGAUAUACGCUAGAUUAAUAGCCUACGAUAAUGCACCAACGUCAAAUGCCGUAAAUAACAUGAGAUACAUCUUAAAAAAUGUGAAUUCUAAUAUGCAAAAUAUUUACUCGCAAACAGAAAUAAACACCGAAGUGGUGAAAUCAUUUUUACAAGUCUCGGAAAUAGUUAUUUUAAACAAGGACGACGGACCGGAUGGAUUAAAUGAAAAAAAAAAAUUGCUUGAUAGUGUUGAAAAUUAUGCUAAACAUGUUUGUUUGACAUUAAAUGAAGCACAAGAAAUAUAUGUGGGAUCAUUAGUUGGAAGUUUCAGCGUACGGCAAGUAAACGGCGUCAGUUCAAUAGAACCAUAUAUUGAGAUGCCUACUUGUAAUUCGGAAAUCCACAAAAAAUGCAUCAAACAAAAAUCUAAGGUUAUGAUCAAUAAAAACCUUUUUUUAUCUCAUAGAACUGAGUUUCCAUUAUGUUUUAUGGGUUUUCAUUUCUAUGACGAUUUUUUCACCCAAGUGUACGGUAAUAAAGGCCAAUUUCUUAAAAGACAUAGCGGAUUAUAUGGAUUUCAUAUUAUGAAGAUGAAUAAUAGAAAAUCUAACUAUGAAAGUGUAGUAUUAAAUCCAUCGAAUAUAUUGAAUGUUAUUGAAAUUCCUUUACAAUCGACAACUGAUACCCAAACCCAACUAGAAUGUAGGUAUUGGAACGGUAUAUUAGGUUGGACUAAUGAAGGAUGCAAGUUUCUUGGUGUAGUCACAAAAUCAUUUAAUCCGUUUGCUAAGUGUGAAUGUCCAGCAUUCAAAUAUUACGGAAUAUUUUCAGUAGACGUUGCAAACAUCUUAUUCGAUAAUUCAGUAUCGGAUUCAACACACAAUACAGUCGUUUAUGAUAAUAAAAAUAAGAACCAACUUUUCAAUAACUCUUCGAUUACUCAAAGAUCCCUUUCUGAUAUAUGUGUAGCUUUCAAAGUAAAUGGGGAUCCUGCCGAUUUGCAUGAUCAGAAUCUAAGGGAUUUAGAAAAUUCUUUAAGUCGACAAUUAACGGAAAAAAUUGUAUCUCUUUCUUCAGUUUUGAAAGAAUUGAAAUUGAUUAUGAGUGAACCGAUGUAUAUAACUUUACAUUUAAUGCAAAACGUAAAUAUUACUACAGAUGAAUCUAUUCAAGACCUUGUUAAGAAACUAGCUGAUGGAUCUUUAAUUGUAUAUGACUUGCAUAGAUUUAGGUUAUAUGUGCCAGAACAACCAUUGCGAAUUAUCCAGCCACGUAACUUAGAGUUUAGCGAAACGGGAAAAAAUAUUGCAUUGUUCUUCGCUAUAUUUGUGGCUUUUCUCGCCUGUUUUGUGUUUGGUUCAAUAUUAUUCAAACGGCAUCAACUUCUUACCGAAAUUUCAGAUGUUCAACAAAAUGUAAAACAAAAAGAUCCUAUAAGACGACCAAAAUAUAAGAAAUUGGAGUCCACUGAAUUGAUUGAACAAAAUACAUCCUCAGAACAAAGAUUUCGGCAUUUUAAUAACAAUGUAGAACUUUCGGACUCUGGUAUUACUUUACAUUCUGAUAGGACACAAAUCAAUUUAUUACAGCAACUGCAUUAGAUUAUAAUUUGAAUACAGAUGACAAGUUGUGUAUUGUACUUAAUAGGAAAUAAAUAUAAUUCAGUAUUAAUAUUGAUUUUUGAUGCCUUGGUCGACACUUUUACAUACCAGCUACCUAGGUAUAUACACAUGUAUUAUGUACCUAUCCAGUGGUGCCGUGAACAUUUUUAACGCAAGGGUAAACAUUUAAGUUGUAAAUACUAUAGUGUGUACUGCAGAUAUUUAAAAUUCAUUAUAAUUAUUACGUUAUCAAU